AUUAGAAUGGAGUUCUCCUUUCCUCCGCCGUCGAUACUAGGUUAGGAGGAUACAACUACAUGACCGCCUGAGGGUAGACAGUUCCGGGGGGGAGACUGCAACAAUAAGGAACUUCGGUCAGAACGCUCCGUCCGCCGCUAUGUCGCACAUCGCGACCUCUUCGCAUCCCGGGAGGGUGGGCUUCGACGCCCUGCCCCAGUCACAGGGCAGAAACGGGGCGAACAACCCGCAGGAUUACGGCACGGGGUACGGGUACGAGGGCUAUGCAGGUCAGGUAUACGAGGGAACAGACUACGGGGACGGGAUCCAGCCGGUUCAGGGCCGAGAGAGUCUGCCCAGCUACCACUGGGAGCGCUCGUGGACGGCUACAGGACCGACGCCCGGGUGGGACUACGACAAGGCCGCGACGACCGGCGUCGCCGCCACCUCCUACGAAACCCCGACGAGCAAGCCGCCGGAGCUGCGCCGCGAGAGCCCCAACUACAAGCCCUCGGCGCUGCGCUGGCCCUUCCUCCUGUGCCUGCUGGCCGCCGUGCUGGCGCUCAUGGGCCUCCUCGCGUAUGCCCUGCGCGCGCUGCCCGUCCUCGACGCCAAGAUCGAGAUCCUCGAGCAGGCCAUCUUCGAGCGGCGGAGCCUCGAGACCGCCGCCGCCGCCGUCGUCCACCCGCACGUGGCCCUCGCGAUCCGCCAGACGACGCUGACGCUGACGCAAGAAGCAGUCAGCACCGUGACCUCUACGGGCCCGGAAAUAACGCUGAGGCCGCCGUCGAGCGCGUUCGGGCGCGUCGGCGACAACACGGUGACGGAGGAGGAGGAGGAGCCGUCGAGCGAGCCCGAGCCGCCCGCGUCCAAGGCCUCCGAGGACUUCGGCAACGUCGGGGGGCCGGCCACGGUGACCGAGUCCGAGCCGGCGUUCACGCGGCCGUCGAGCGACUUCGGGGGCGUCGGGUCGCGGACGGUGUCGCAGCAGGCGGCGGCGACGCCGGUCUUCGUGCUGCCGAGCGUCGCCACGCUGACGGACGCGGCCGGGCGGCCCACCGCGACCUCGACCAGCGUGCCGGCGCCGGUGUCGACGCCGCGCACCACGGUGCAGACCGACGCGCAGGGCCGCCCCACCGCGACGCUCACGACGCUCGCGCGCGUCGAGCCCUCCGUCGUCGUGAGCACCGACGCCGACGGCCGCCCGGCCGCCACCGCGACGCUCUACCCGACGCUGCCGACCGACCCGCCCCCCGCCAGCGUCCGCGUCUACUCGCUCUCCCACGGCGAGUACUUCGUCGGCAUGUUCCUGCCGACCGUGCUCGCGAUCCUGCUCGCAGUGCCCGUGCGCGCGCUCGACGCCAACGCGCGCGUCAUGCAGCCGUGGCACGCGCUGGCGGCCGCCCGCGCCCGCGGCGCCGCCGGCCGCGACUCGCUGUGCCUCGAGACGUCCGGGUGGGGCGCGGCGGCGGCGAGCGCGCGCGCGCUGGCGCGCGGCCGGGCGCUCGGCGCCGUCACCGGCGCGCUCGUGCUCGCGUCCGCGCUGCUCGUGCCGCUGGCCGCCGAGGCCGUGGCCUUCGACCUGCGGGGCGCCGGGUGCGCGCGCGGCGCCGGCACGGCGCGCAACUGCGCGUACGUGCUCAGCGUCUUCGACCAGGCGGCCGGGGCGGCGCUGGGCGUGCUGGCGGCCAUGGCCGCGCUCGUCGCCGCCGCGCUCGCGCUCCUCGCCCGCUGGCGCUCCGGCGUCGCGGCUAACCCCUGGAGCGUCGCCGGCGUCGCCGCGCUCGCCCAGGACCCCCGCCUGCGCCGCCUCUUCGCCACCCUGCCCCGCGGCGCCGACGCGCCCCCGCGCCUGCUCCGCUCCGCCCUCGCCGACCGCCGCUUCCGCCUCGGCUUCUUCUACGGCCCCGCCGGCUCCGUCGAGUACGGCGUCGAGCUCUGCGACGAGCCCGCCCCGCCCGCAUUCCCGCCGAGCGGUGCCCGCGAGUCUCAGACCCGCCACGCCGUGCCCGCGAAGCCGAAGCACCAUCUGCCCUUCCUGAUGCUCGGGUUCGCGAGUCGGGUGCUGUUCCUGCUCUUGCUGUGCGGGCUGCUGGCCCUGAUCCUGUACUACAACAACACCGGGGGCGACACGCCGUUCGAGGACUUCAUGGCCAGCGAGUCGUUCGGCGUGCGGUUCCUGUUCACCGGCGUCGGCGUGAUCAUCAGUUUCGCCUGGGGCGCCUUCUUCAGCAGCAUCGCCGUCGUGAGCCCGUACAAGCUCCUCGCGAGCGGGCCGCAGCGCGCGGGGCGCUCGAUCCUGCUCGCGCCGCCGACGAACGCGUUCUCGGGGCUGUGGUCGGCGCUGCGGCGGCGGCACGGGUUCCUGGCGGCGGCGGCGGCGACGUCGAUCCUGUCGGAGUUCCUGACGGUGUUCCUGAGCAACGUGCCGUUCCGGGUGACGCAGACGUACGUGGCGAACCGGGUCUGCACGUGGGCGGCCGUCGGCAUCCUCGGCGUCAUGGUGGCCGUCGUGCUCGCCUCCUUCGCCGUCGCCUGGCCCCGCGUCCCCGUCGACCCCGCCACCGUCGCCGGCGCCCUCUACUACGUCUGCGACUCGCCCAUGCUCGACCGCUUCGCCGGCCUCAGCACCCUGCCCCGCCGCGACCGCGACCGCCACGUCCGCGACAUGGACCUCCGCUACGAGUUCGGCCAGAUCGCCGGCGUCUCCGGCCUCACGCGCAUCGGCGUCGACGCCUCCGCGGCGUCCCCGGGGAACCCGAAUUGGGCUUCAUGAAGUAAUGACCUAUAGAUAUAUGUAGCUAAUGUGGAAUAUAAUAUCUAACCCCUGUCUUGAUUUUCUGGCUCACCGUGUUGGUAUGGAACGGUUGUCUUGGCUUGGUUCCCACACAGUACCUAAUAUUUACCUGCAGGUAGGUACAUUAUAUCCUUGCCUACCUAGACAUACACCAACAUGCCCCCCCACGAUGUCUGCGUUUACUGCGUGUUUCAU